AGCCGCUGGAAAGGAUCAUGUUCGCCGAAGUCUGACUGUGCCAAUUAUUCUCCUCGGAAGCUUACAGAGAUGCAUUUAGUAACAAAGAUGUUCCUGACAGCAGACCAAUAACAUUGUAACAUAACUAUACAGUACAAAUUUCCCUUGAAAAAGAAACAUCGUCUCAGGCGAUUCAUGGUGUCGGCUAUGGCAGAAUGCGUGAGAGUGGUGGUUCGCUGCCGCCCCAUGAACAGAAGAGAACUAGACCUACGCUGUAAAAACGUAGUGUCUAUGGACAACUCUCAGGCCGAAUGCAAACUUAUUAACCCUGAUGACAACUUCGCUCCACCAAAAACGUUUACCUUCGAUGGGGUGUACGACGUUAAUUCAACAACAGAAGAGUUGUACAAUGAAGCAGUCUAUCCUUUAGUAGAGGGAGUGCUGGAAGGCUAUAACAGCACAAUAUUUGCUUACGGUCAGACUGGAUGUGGAAAAAGUUUUACAAUGCAAGGUAUCUGCGAACCACCGUCGCAACGUGGGAUAAUUCCAAAAUCAUUUGAGCAUCUGUUUGAAGCUAUAUCUGUAUCCGAAGGAACCAAAUAUCUUGUACUGGCGUCAUUUUUGGAAAUUUAUAAUGAAGAGAUAAGAGACCUGUUGGGAAACGAAGUAAAACGGAAACUCGAAUUAAAAGAGCACUCAGAUAAGGGUCUUUACGUCCAAGAUCUGUCGUUGCAUCCUGUUCAGAGCGUUUCUGAGAGCGAGCAGCUGAUGGCGAGGGGCUGGAAGAACCGCGCCACGGGCGCUACGCUCAUGAACGCCGAUUCGUCGCGAUCGCAUUCCAUAUUUAGUAUCCAGUUGGAAAUGAUGCCAGUGAGUGCAUUGGAAUGUGACCUCCCUGUCAACAAAGUGCGGAAAGGAAAGUUAAAUCUGGUCGAUUUAGCUGGAAGUGAAAGACAAUCAAAAACAGGGGCUGCUGGAGACCGACUUAAAGAAGCAAUCAAAAUUAAUCUCUCGCUAACAGCUCUUGGUCAUGUGAUAUCAGCAUUAGUCGAUGGAAAGUCAACGCAUAUUCCGUACCGGGACUCCAAGCUUACGAGAUUACUCCAAGAUUCCUUAGGAGGCAACACGAAAACUCUUAUGGUAGGUUGCAUAUCUCCUGCUGAUAACAACUACGACGAAACACUGAGCACAUUACGGUACGUGAACAGAGCAAAAAAUAUAAAAAAUAAACCACGCAUAAAUGAGGAUCCCAAGGACACACUACUGCGAGAGUAUCAAGAGGAAAUACGGAAACUGAAGCAAAUGCUGGAAUCAACAUCAGUCUCGGACAAAGGCAGCCUUGUGGAACAGGAGAGAGAGAAGCUGAGGCUGGAGUAUGAGAAGCAGAUGGAAGAGAUGAGGAGGGAAUACGAGGCAGAGCACGUGAAUAACUGCAAGCUGCAGGCAGACAUGCACGCCCUCAAGAAGCAUUACGAGCAGCAGCUGGACAAGAUCAACCGACAGGAGAAGUACGAUGCAGCCUUUCCAUCAAAUGGAGUCUCAGAUGAGAGUGGAAAACUGGAAGCCUCAAUCGGGACUAAAAUGAAGCUGAAUGCAGCACACCAGGAAGUUCUUCAAAGGUUAGAAAGGCUGCAGAAGAGCAUGAUAGGCGGUGAGUGCGCCAACGACGAGGAACUGAAGGAGAAGCGGCUGCGGAAGAAGCGCGCGUCCGAGCGUCGCCUCAGAGCCCUCGCACAGGUCCUGUCCAAGGUCAGCGACGACGACGGGCUCAUGCUCAAGGUUUAUGAUGAUAUAGACCAAGAGCUCCGUACAAAAACAGAAUUGCUGAAGAAGUACAAAAUGAAGAUAAGAGAGCUGGAAUGUGAGAACUCCGACCUGCAAGGCGAAUUUCAAAAAGAAAGAACUGACUACCUUGAAACAAUAAGGAAACUUAGCCGCGAAUUGAAACUGUAUCAGCAAAUAACCGAGAAAAUAGUGCCAACAUUAAGAAAGGAGUGCAACUAUAGUGAUUUGGAAGCAAUAAAAAAGGAAGCAUCGUGGAACGAAGACACGGAGCAAUGGAAGUUACCUGACCUCGUCAUCACGCGGACCAGACUGCCUCCAACAGGUCUGCAGCCGAACGGCAUCAGCCUGCGGACGUCGUCGGCGGCGUGGUCGCCCAGCGGCUCGUCCAGAGGCAGCUCCACGGCCAACGAGUCCAGCCACUCCACGUCGCCUCCCAUCCUCACCAGGUCGCCCGAGUUCGUCGAGCCGGACAACAAGGUUGUCUUGCAGAGGUUCCAUCGAAGUGACGAACAGAGUAUUGUAACCGACUAUUUCAAGCCAAAGAGAGCUGCAGAGCGUCUGAACAGAGUGAAAGAAGAGGCGAGCCACGCGUUCAAUACGUGGAGAGGUUACAAAAAUAAACGCAAAGCUAACCAGGCAAGUGAGGUGAAUGGCAUUUCAAACUUGAAUCUCAGCAAAAGUUGUUUGCAUUCUUCGGUGGGUGACCUUUCAUUUCUUUCACCUGUGAAAGGGAAUACAUCAUUAAAUAAUUCAUGGUCUGGUGGAAUAACCACUAGUGAAGUGGGACACACACGCGACAUAAAAAAAUAGUUGAAAAUUUAUUUUUGUAUUUUGAAUGGCUCUAAUUUUAUUUGUUUGAAACUCAUUGCUCAUAUUGUGUGAAGAAAUUCCAUCAGUAUACAGAAUUUAUUU